AUGGCAAGUGCUGCUAAUCCGACAAUAAAAAAACCUUCAACAGGAACACAAACAAUUGAUUCCUUAGAUGCUUUACUUAAGACAGAUAAUAUAUUUUUAUUUAUACCAAAUAUAAUCGGUUAUGUACGAGUUUUUUUAUCGAUUGCUUCAUUUUAUUUUAUGCCAUCGCAUCCGAAAAUAACAAUAUUCUGUUAUUUAACAAGCGAAUUACUUGAUGCACUUGAUGGUCAUGCUGCUCGUGCCCUUGGUCAAAGUACUAAGUUUGGAGCUAUGUUUGAUAUGCUCGUUGAUAGAUGCUCCACAAUGUGUUUAUGUUUCGUUUUGGCGAUGUUCUAUCCAAAAUGGGCACUUUUCUUUCAACUUUGGGCUGCGAUUGAUGUUGCUAGCCAUUGGCUUCAUUUACAUGCAGCUACGGUUAAAGGUUCAGAAAGUCAUAAGAAAAUAGAUCUUUCAGGCAAUCCAAUUCUUCGUCUUUACUAUACAUCACGUAAAGUUCUUUUUACCAUGUGUGCAGGAAAUGAACUUUGGUUUUCAAUGCUUUAUAUGCUUCAUUUUGGUGAAGGUCCAUCAAUAAUCAAAUUUGCUGGUUCUGCCAUUGGUCUUUGGCGUUUUAUUCUCUACGCAGUUACACCAAUCAUGAUCUCAAAGCAAAUCAUAAGUUUAAUUCAUCUUUAUACUGCUUCACUCGAUAUGGCUGCUAUUGAUGACGCUGAACGAGCAAGCAAAGCAAAAAAAAAUUAA